AUGGAAGAUGCAGAGGCUGUAAAUUCUUUGAUGUUUUCUUCUAGACUGGACAUGACGUCCAACAAGCUGAAGAAAAUACCUCCAGACCCGUUGUUCCUUCGGAUCCCGGUGUACGCCAAGAUGAAGGGUUCUCCUCUCACGGCGCUGGUUUUGAGUUUUGGUGGGAACCCUCUGCAUUGUAACUGUGAGCUGGUGUGGCUGCGAAGACUGACCCGCGAGGACGACCUGGAGACCUGCGCUUCACCUAGAGACCUGGCUGGGAAAUACUUCUGGACCAUACGAGAGGAAGAGUUUGUUUGUGAACCCCCGAUGAUAACUCGGCACACCUCCAAGAUGUUUGUGAUGGAGGGUCAGGAGGUCAGCCUGCGCUGCAAAUCCAUCGGGGAUCCUGAACCUUCGACUCACUGGGUCAGUCCUGACGGGAAGCUGAUCGGAAACACGUCCAGAACCAUCUGCUAUGAAAACGGUUCACUUGACAUCCUCAAGGCCUCCGUCAAGGAUUCUGGAAAGUUCACUUGCAUAGCGUCCAACGCAGCUGGUGAGGCCACCGCCCCUGUCGAGUUGGUCGUCAACCCUUCCCCGCACUUCGACCCCAAAGUGGAACUAGAUCCGGGGCCUUCAGACAUCCCAACGUCCAUCAAAUCCAACGUGAGCGGAGGCCAUCCCAGGUCCGACCAGCAGAGGGUCAGUGUGUCGGAGCUAACCUCCAGCUCCGCCACCAUCAGAUGGCCGCCUCAAAACCACAUCCCAGGAGUCCGCAUGUACCAGAUCCAGUACAACAGUUCUACAGAUGACAUACUCAUUUACAGGUAA